AUGAAACGAGGACAUCAUUUUUUAGGAUUAGACGAUUCGCGUAAUAAAUUACCUCGUUACUAUAAUAGUGUUGGCAACUUAGAUCGGACAUUUCCUGUUACCAUGCGUAAAGAACGAAUCAUUCGGAUUAUUUUACUUUUAAUUACUUUAAUAUUUGUAUCUAUUUUCAUAUCUAAUGUUCUGUUAUCCCCUAUAAGACGUUCUCAUAAAUCAUAUGAACAAAUCCACAUUUAUCGAAUCAUUGGUAAUGACCUUCCUCCACGCCAUAAAGUUGGACAAGUUCUCCAAAAUACUCGUUUUAUUUUAGAAAAUGAACCUGAUUUUCCAAAUUCAAAAAAAUGGUGGAUAAUUAAUCGUAUUGUUGAUAGCGAUUAUGAGAAUGCAAUAAUUGAUUUACUAAAACAACAUAAAAAAGAUUUUAUUAGAAUACCUUUUGAUGUGAAUGAAUAUCUUAAAGCUGAUUUUCGUCUGGAAGAUUUCCCUGAACCUGAUUUCCUUCAUUCUUAUGAAUUUAUGAAUUUUACAAAAGUGGCAAAAAUAAGAACGAUAGAUUAUACUUAUCAUGAUAAGAAUCUUUACGUCAUGAAUAAUAAUGGUGGCCGAAAUAUAGCAUUAAUGCAUGGUCAAUCUCAGCCAAAUGCUCGAUGGAUAUUCCCUUUUGAUGGAAAUUGUUUCUUGACUAAUAAUGCAUUUACGGAAAUUACGUCUCAACUUGAAAUAUGGGGCAAUGAUUAUAAAUAUUUCGUGGUUCCUAUGGCAAGAUUAUUAAAUAAUUCGGAAUUAUUGUCCGGUUCUGAUCAAAAACCGUCAACUCCUGAGGAACCUCAAAUCAUAUUUCGUUAUGAUGCUGAGGAAAGAUAUAACGAGAAUAUGCGCUAUGGCGUUCCAACUCCAACCAAAUUCAUCGUCAGACCGGUUAUUCCGUGGGAAAAUAAUGAUGAUUUGUCGAUUCACACAUCAGCAAACCGGUACAUGAUAGUCGGCUGGAUAUACCGAUUAUUCUCUGGACAAGCUUCGCAAGAGUUAAGUCACAAAGAAGCUGGUGCAUUAAGAGCAUUUAAUCGAUUAUUAGCUAUUCAGGAGUUAAUCGAUGGUAUAGAUGAACGAAUUGCAAGAAAUAAUAACCAUUUUAGUCCUGAUAAUUUAUUUUUAUAUAAUGAAAAGUCACUAAAUAAUGCAAAAUUAAAAUAUUGGUCUGGUAAUGAAAAGAUUACGAGGAUUGUCGAUAUUCUGUUAGAUCGUGCUAAUGAGAUAACUUCUACUAUUUCCGAUUUUUAUGGAGUUGAUGACUUCUUAUCUAUCAAAAAAUCUAGUAUUCUAAUAGAAUUCUUAAAAUUCAAGACCGAUCUUGAGACAAAUUUACUUGAUGGUGAAUCAAAUGAAAUGCCUGAUCAUGUCUCCUUGACUUCUCAAUUAUUUCAAAAUAUUACAACUUUAACUUUGGCUAAUUAUUUUUCUGGAAACUCUUCCUAUGCACGAUGGGCCGCAAAUCUUGUUCGUACAUUUUUGUUAUCAUCUUAUGGUGUUGGUGAUGAUGAUAAAAUUACUCUCCCGGAAUAUAAUGACAAUUGUAUUAAUUGCAAUACAACUGUUGAUGAAGGUUAUGGUUUUCCUUAUUUAAAUAAGAUUCCACGUACAAUUCCUAAAUUGACUAAAAAUUCGGAAUCAAAUGAUGACUCUCCGAUGUUUUAUAAAUUACCUAAGGAUAUAUCUGAGAUUGAUCCAUCUUACUUUCUGGAUUCAUGUAAAUUACUUUAUCGGGUAAAAGCAUUAACUCAUAGAGAAUAUAUAGAACUUAAGGCACUAGUAUCAUAUUGGCUCGAGUAUUUAAUAACUUCACCGGAAGGCAUUUCUAUGGCGCGCAGGCCGGACCAUAGAGGAACUCUUUAUGAUCUUCAAAUCCUUUCUCUUUCUGGAUUUAUUGAUGAUGUUAGAUUACAUUUGAGAGUUUCUAAUCGAUUAAGAAUGAGAAUAGGAAAACAAUUUUAUAUAGCUCAUGACGCAUCAUUAACGAACGCUGCUAAAAUAAGUCAACCGUAUGAAAUGAUGUAUGUUAAAAACAUGAUCACGAAUAAACAAAUUAAACCAUCAGCUUAUGAAGAUUAUGUUUUCAAGUAUAAAUCUUUGAAUUUACAAUAUUGGAUGUUGAUUACAAGGACAAUACAAAACGUUAAAAUAAGUAAUGAUUUAUGGUCAUAUAAAUCAAAGGAUGGUCAAAAUUUGUUGAAGGCUAUAAUAAGUCAUCUAAAUAAAUAUUCUAAUAAAUAUUUACAUACUGAGGGGGAUGAUUUAUUUUUACUGAAACCUUUACUGUAUAUUGCGUGUACUGCUCAUGAAACUGGUUCGAUACAAUCACAAAAGAACAAUGAACAUUUGCAAAGAAUAUUGAAAAAAUUUAGUGAGAAAUAUUCAUUUGAUUAUAGUGAUAAAUCUGAAAAAAGGAAAUAUACGGAUAUGAAUGUUGGAUUAGGUAGUGAAAUAGGGAAAAGUGGGAUUCCUCCAUUCUGGAUGUUUGGCAUAGCAUAA